AUGACAUCUACUCAGACUGUUUAUAAUAAUGGUGAUCCCUUAAAGCCAUUUGCUCCUCAAAAUGAAACUCAAGAGGAAAGACGUAAACGUAUAUUGGUAGAAAAAGAAGCAAGGAAGAAAAGUGAAGCUAUUGACAAACAAAUUAAGGCUGAAAAGGAAAAAUUAGAAAAACAAAAAGUAGCAAAAUUAUUACUGUUAGGUUCAUCGGAAAGUGGUAAAACGACUGUGCUUAAACAACUGAAAAUUAUUCACGGAAAAGGUCUAGAAGAUGAACGCAACCAAUAUCGAAGAAUUGUUUUCCUUAACGUUCUUACUGCAAUGAAGGCUUUGACCGGUGCUAUUGCAAAUCUUGGUUAUGCAUUAGAUCCUGGCAAUUUAGUUCAUCUUCAAAAAUUUAAUAAAUUAAAUUCAGUGAAAGAUUCGUUAAACCGCAAUUCAAUUAGCGUUCAAGCGGCAAUUCAAGAUGCUAGAUUGGACGAUGAUGCAUUCCAAUUAUUCACAGAACACGCUGAAGGGAUUAUAGAAUUAUGGAAAGAUCCAGCCAUUCGAAAUGCUUACAAACACGCUAGCGAAAUUGGGUUACAGGAUUCGGCGAAAUACUUUUUAAAAAAUGUUGCACGUUUUUCUCAAAAGGAUUACUUACCUACCGAUGAAGAUAUCUUACAAGCUCGAGUUCGAACCGUCGGUGUGAGUGAACACAAAUUCGAAAUAGACGGGAUUACAUACAAGAUUUUUGAUGUUGGCGGUCAUCGUUCUCAGCGGCAUUUUUGGGCUCCUUAUUUCGAUGAUGUAAAUGCCAUAAUUUUUAUGGCUGCCAUCUCGGCAUUUGACCAACCUCUAGAGGAAGAUCCGAAUGUUAAUCGUAUGAUUGAUAUUCUAAAGCAUAAGCUUACUUUGGUUGACGUAAAAGAUUAUUUCCCCGAUUUUAAAGGCGAAAACAAGUUCUCAAGCGUAACAAGAUUCUUCCAAAAAAAAUUUGGGAAUUGCAAUCAAACUAAAGAUAAGCGCAUUUAUGUCCACUUUACUCACGCCACAGAUACAAAACAAAUGCGUGUCAUCGUUGCUAUAGUGAACGAUAUAGUCCAGAGAGUAAAUCUCAAAGAUGCAGGUCUCAUUUAA